AUGGCCAACCACUCAACCUGCUGCGGCAUCAAUGCUCCUCCAGUGUGUUGGUCAGGCAUCCUCUGCAGCUGCUUGCCAAGCUGGAAAGAUCCAGAGGCAUACUGCAUCAAGACGAGGCUCGCGAGCUCGGUCUAUGAGGAGUGUCUGGAGGUCAUAGUCCAUGACCAAGACAAACACCAAGCACCCAACCAAGCACAGUCAUUUGCCGCCCCAGCAUUCCAGCGUCGGAAACCCACUUCGCAUAACCGAACCAACAUAGCAAACAUGGUCGACCCACCGGGGCCCCCCACGGGCACCGCCUCCACCACAAGAGCUUCGUCGUCUCCAACGUCACAGGGAAAGCGGCCGCGUGCGCCAACAAUAACCAUAGACACGUCUGCUGUGCGACGUUCGACGGACAACAUGUCCAACCUGCAGCGCCCGGAUCACGAGAUGGACAAGCUGUCCGACGAUGGGCGGUCCUUGAAUGGUGACAAGUCGCCCGCAAGGCUACGACCGGGAUCGAACACGCUCUCGACGCCUACAGAUCUACGGGCGAGUGGCAGUUUCGAUAGAAUGGAUUCAAGACCUACCAGCCCGCAUAAUGUGUCGUCGCCGUCACAAUGGAACAACCCACACAACUUCUUAUCGGUACCGAAUACACGAAGUAGAGGUCAGAGCUUUGAUACGAAUGCUUCGGGCGAGACGGAGGCCUCGACCUCGGACAUCACAUAUGUCAACACACAGUCGCCUGAUAGCCCGCCGAAGACUUUCGACAAGCGUGAUAACAAGGCGGGUGAUGGCGAGCAGUUCGUGAUACCAGAGAGAGAGGAGGCAUUACUGCCGGAUAAGGGCACAGAGGAUGACUUCGUUCGUGAGAACAAUCCAUUCGCGUAUGCACCGGGACACAUGAGCAAGUUACUCAACCCGAAGAGCUUGGGCGCAUUUCAUGCUCUUGGUGGUCUGGUGGGCAUUGAGAAAGGAUUGAGGUCAGACAGGAAUACAGGUCUCAGCAUGGAUGAGUCGAGGCUAGAUGGUGCCGUUACCUUUGAAGAAGCCACUGCGUCGUCCAGUCCUGCCUCUGACCGGACCGCCGUCGAGGAGCCAAUCGCCGAAUUGUCAGGAGAGAAGAAGAGUGAAGGGAGUUUUGAGGAUCGCAAACGCAUAUUCGACGACAACCGAUUACCGGAGCGGAAGCCAAAGAGCAUCUUUCAGCUCAUGUGGCUGGCAUACAACGACAAAGUCCUGAUGGUCCUGACCGUGGCUGCGAUCAUUGCACUUGCUCUAGGCUUGUACCAAGCGCUGGGAACGCCUGAUGGAGGUGUAGAGUGGAUCGAAGGUGUGGCCAUUAUUGUUGCGAUCGUGGUCGUGGUGGUUGUCGGUGCAGCGAACGACUGGCAAAAGGAACGACAAUUUGCGAAGCUCAACAAGAAGAAGGAGAGCCGCAAUGUCAAAGUCAUACGCUCUGGACGUACUCAGGAGAUUAGCAUACACGACAUCCUGGUUGGUGAGGUUCUGCUUGUUGAGCCUGGUGAUAUCCUACCCGUGGAUGGCAUCUACAUUAGUGGCCAUAGCGUGAAGUGUGACGAAUCCUCAGCCACUGGCGAGUCGGACAUCAUGAAGAAGACAGCGGCCGAUGAGGUCUACCGCGCAAUGGAGGCGGGAGAACCACUGAAGAAGAUGGACCCCUUCAUGAUAUCUGGUGGCAAGGUCACCGAAGGCUUUGGCCGCAUGCUCGUGACCGCGACUGGUGUUCACUCAACCUACGGCAAGACUAUGCUUUCCCUCCAAGAGGGCACUGAUGCUACACCUUUGCAGAGCAAACUCAACGACCUCGCCGAGUACAUCGCCAAGCUUGGAUCUGCUGCUGCACUGCUUCUCUUCGUCGUCCUGCUCAUCAAAUUCCUGGCCCAGUUACGCACUAACACCAACACACCCGCGCAAAAAGGCCAGCAGUUCAUGACGAUACUUAUCACGGCCGUCACGAUCGUGGUUGUUGCCGUUCCGGAAGGCCUACCCCUUGCUGUCACUCUCGCCCUCGCUUAUGCUACAAAGCGCAUGUUGAAGGAUAGAAACCUCGUGCGCGUACUCAGAUCUUGCGAGACGAUGGGCAACGCCACCACGGUAUGCUCGGACAAGACUGGAACGCUUACACAAAACGUCAUGACUGUUGUAGCUGGUUGCGUUGGGACUUCUAACAGAUUCAGCGGUAGAACUGCCGAAGACGACCGCGACGACGUGGCCGGCGUGCCAACUGCCGAGUUUAUCAAUGCACUCUCGCAGCCUGUGAAGACUCUUUGGAAAGACAGCAUCGCGAUAAAUUCUACUGCGUUCGAGACCGAGGACAAUGGCAAGAACGUCUUUAUAGGCUCGAAGACAGAGACGGCACUACUGGACUUUGCUCGGGCCCAUCUGGGUAUGGAGACUGUCAGUAUCGAGCGUAGCAAUGCCGAGAUUGUGCAGAUGGUACCAUUCGACUCGGGCAGAAAGUGCAUGGCUAUGGUCAUCAAGCGCAGGGACAAAGGUGGCUAUCGUCUCGUGGUCAAAGGCGCUAGCGAGAUCAUGUUGCGAUACUGUUCCAUGCUACAAGCUGAACCUACAAAGGGCAUCGAGGCCACGACUAUGACUGGCGCAAACAAGGAGACCAUCCAGAAAUUGAUCGACGCUUACGCUGAGCGGUCUUUACGCACCAUCGGCUUCAUCUACCGUGACUUCGAAAGCUGGCCACCUAAGAACGCCAGGAGACAGGAGGACGACAAGACGCAAGUGGUGUUCGAGGAUGUGUGUAAGAACAUGACCUUUUUGUCCGUAGUCGGUAUUCAGGAUCCUCUUCGACCCGGUGUGCCUGAAGCCGUCAAGGACUGCAUCAAGGCUGGUGUCUUUCCUCGUAUGGUCACUGGCGACAAUAUUCUGACUGCCAAGGCCAUUGCGAAGGAGUGCGGCAUCUUCACUACUGGUGGUGUCGCGCUGGAAGGGCCUGAGUUUCGUAAGAUGAGCAAUGCCGAGCAGCGCGCCAUCAUUCCUAAGCUGCAGGUUCUUGCUCGAUCUUCGCCUGAGGAUAAGCGGACUUUGGUCAAGCGUCUGAAGGAGAUGGGCGAGACUGUUGCUGUGACUGGUGAUGGUACCAACGACGCACCUGCUCUCAAGGCCGCCGAUGUUGGUUUCUCGAUGAAUAUCGCUGGUACUGAAGUCGCGAAGGAAGCCUCCGACAUCAUUCUCAUGGACGACAACUUUGCCUCGAUUGUUCUCGCGCUCAUGUGGGGCCGUGCAGUCAACGAUGCUGUCCGCAAGUUUCUGCAGUUCCAGAUUACGGUCAAUAUUACCGCUGUGCUCCUAGCCUUCAUCUCUGCGGUGUCAAGUGCGACAGAGGAGUCCGUCUUGACAGCCGUACAGUUGCUCUGGGUCAACCUCAUUAUGGACACCAUGGCUGCCCUGGCACUUGCCACUGACCCACCUUCACGCAAGAUCUUGGACCGCAAGCCAGAUGGGAAAUCCGCGCCUCUCAUUUCUGUCACCAUGUGGAAGAUGAUCAUCGGGCAGGCGAUCUAUCAGCUCACUAUCACUCUGAUCCUGUACUUCGCCGGCAACUCGAUCUUCAAGUACAAUACCGAUGAAGAGCACCGCGAGAAGCAGACCCUUGUCUUCAACACUUUCGUCUGGAUGCAGAUCUUCAACGCACUCAACAAUCGCCGUCUCGACAAUCGCUUCAAUGUCUUCGAAGGCAUACAGCGCAACUUGUUCUUCAUCGGUAUCUUCUUCAUCAUGAUCGGAGGCCAAGUCCUCAUCAUCUUCGUCGGUGGUUGGCCAGCUUUUCAGGCCCAACGACAGCAUGGCGAUCAGUGGGCGAUCGCUCUCGUCCUUGGCGCAUUAUCGUUGCCCAUCGGAAUAGUGAUUCGACUGGUGCCCGAUGAACUCGCCACGAAGUUCGUACCUCGACCUAUUCGUCGCUGGGUCAGCAAGCCGAAGAAGGACAAGGUUUUCGUCACUGAUGAGGAAAACCCGUUCCAGUUCAAUGAGGCUUUGUAUAAUAUUCGGGAGGAAUUGGCUUGGAUCAGGAAGUACAAGGGUGGUCGGCUCAACGCACUUAGAUUUGUGGUGCAGCAUCCGAAGGAAGCAUUGCUUCAUAGUCGCAGCCCGAGUCGAAGCAGGGCUAGCUCGAGUCUGCCUCGCACGCCCAACAAUGAGCCGGAGGGUGACUCUAACAGCGGUUACUCGCCUGCUCCUCCUACGCCCGAGUCUCGACGAAGACGUGGUCGCUCAAGGUCGAACUCGGCGCUUGCGAGUGUGGCUAUGGCUGGUGUCGUGGCCGGCUCAAUUGCUGGAGGCUGGUCGCCUAUAGGACAUGAUGAUAAGAGCCUUCCAUUCGCUCGCGACCGGUCUAGGAGCGACCUAUACAAGGAAGCGAAGUUGGAAGCUCAUCCUGACACUAAGAAGGAUGACGACAUCGUCAUCAAGAACGAUCCGGUCGAGGAAGCUGGGAACAAAGCGCCGAGUCAGUCCACGGACACGACGCCUGCGUAUGGCUAUGGCCCUUUCAGUGGCGAGCCCAGCAGCAGCAGCAAGACUGGUGGCCGGCAAAGCGGUUCUGAGCACGACAAGGCCGGCGCUUAA